UUCUCUUGAACAAUUUUAAUGACUGUGUGAUGCAAACUAUUCUAAUAGUCGUUUAAAAUUUUGCAUUUGAAAAUAUGCUAGUGUCGUAUUUUUUGUUAUGGUCAAAAUUGUUUCUCUCUGUAAAUGCAUUCAACAUAGAUGUACGUCACCCAAUUAUUAUAGUUAAUCCAGACAAAUUACAAAAUAAAACUUACUUCGGUUAUUCGUUGGGACUUUUUUCAGAGAAUAGCGGAGGGUGGAUCACGGCAAUUGGAGCACCUGCUACGACCAAGGAUGGAAUUGCAAACGUAGGAACUUUGUACACAUGCCCAUUUCUCGAAAAUUGUACAGAAGUUCAUUACAAAACGAUAAGCGGGUAUCCACAUAAAUUGAGCGGAAAUUCUUGGAUAGGUGGAUCCAUUGACGUUAGUAACAAAUUUAGAAAAUUAUGUGUUUCCUCAUUUAGAUGGUAUCAAGAAGUGGCACUACCUGCCCCCUUUAUAAUUAUGACUGGAGGGUUAUUUUUAACAAAUUUAAAUAAAACUUCUGUUGCAUCAUUAUCGCCACUAAAAAAUGACCUACAUACUAGUUCAAAAGUUUUUUACUACGGAGAAGCCGCCGUAGGAUUCUCUAUUCAUUUUCCUUCAAAUGCCGAUGAACUACUCCUGGGUGCCCCAGGCAUUAACAACUUCUUAGGUUCAGUGGUGAAGAUAGACAAUUUUUUCACAAAGCAACAUCAGGUCGUGGAACCUGCAGGAGAUGACUACAAUGAAUUAGGAGGGUAUUCGGUGACAUCGGGAUAUUUUUAUAAUCGAAAUGAACUGUAUUAUGCGACGGGAGCCCCCAGAGGAACGUAUGGGAAUGGGAACACUCUUAAUGGACUGGUUGUAUUAUUUAUCGUCGGAUAUGAAUUCAACAGAUUCGGAGAGUUACGUUCGAUUACGAAAGCAAUAAUUUCUGGCACUCAAGUAGGAGAAUAUUUUGGUGCUUCCUUGGGAUCAGGGGAUCUCGAUUCUGAUGGAUUAACAGACUUAAUAAUCGGGGCGCCCUUCAGGAAAAAUGGAUUGGAUGGUUAUAAUCACGGAUCGGUAUAUAUUUAUUACGGGGCAAAAAAACGACUAAAGCAUAAUAAAGAAACGGACAAAUUGGACGGUACGGUUAGCGGCGGUCUUUUUGGCUCCUCCAUUAUGUACUUAUCUGAUAUUAACAAAGACGGAUAUGGGGAAAUCGCUAUAUCUGCCCCUUACGAGGACAAAACGGGAGCCAUUUAUAUUUACUCCUACAGAAAAUAUCAAUUAAUAUUGAUUCAAAAGAUUUUAGGUAAAGAUGUUGCGCCUGAAAUUAGAGGAUUUGGCAUAAGUUUUUCGAGACCGGCUGAUAUUGACGGAAAUGGAUUUGUAGAUUUUGCAGUUGGAUCGUACGAAUCCGGACAUGUCGUUUUACUACGUUCUCAGCCAGUUGUAGCUAUAAUAGCUCGCUUAAAAACAACGCAAAUUCCUCGACACAGCAAACAGUCAUCGUUCCAAGUGUGUUUUUUCUAUUCGGAUUAUAAUGAGGAGAAACUAGAAAUUACAAGAGAAGUGAUGCUAGAUAAAAUGUUAGGAAGAGCGCAAGUAUUGGAUAAAAAGGAGAUAUUUAACAUAACUAUUCUUUAUAAAAAGGAAAAAUGUGAAACCAUCAAGUUUGCUAUAAAGAAAAAUAGGAUAAAUUGGAGAGAACCAAUAACAAUAGCUGUGUCUUAUCAUCUCGUCGGAGAACUCCAACAGAAGCCUCUAGCUCCAAUUUAUAUCCAUCCCGACAUUAAAGUAGGAAAUGACACGUUCUGUCGCUCUUGUCCGGUUUUAGAUGAAAGCCGAUCAAGUAAAAGGACAAUACUGGGCAACAUGCAAUGGAGUCAAUUUUGUGGAAAUGACAACAGAGCAUGUAAAUCUAAGCUUAGUAUAUUUGGAAGGUUUUCCAAGUUAGGGAACAAUCAUUCAUACGUCUUGGGUUCUUCCGACUUUGUUACACUGAACGUCGAAGUUGAAAACGAGGGAGAUCCGUUGUAUGGAACCUUGUUAGAAAUAACACUUCCAGUAUCCAUGGGGCUCCGACAAAAACCUUCAAUUUGUCAAAUAGAACUUAACAAUAAAGUUGUUUGCGAAAUUGGUGACAAUGGCGAAGAGUUGUCGAAAAUGUUUUCUCAUGAUUUUGAAUUGGAUAUGAGAACUAUAAAUGAUGGCACUGAACGGAACCAGUUGAACAUAUCCUUAAAGGCGCACAGUACCUCCGCAAAUCAGCCCACGUCAGUCUUAAAUAUGACGAUAACUUUAGUUAGAGAAACAGAUUUUAUUAUUACCGGGUUGCUCGAGCAAUCGUGGGUCCGGUAAUGAGGUUGCCAUUCUUCCGAUCAGGAAAUGGGAUGGGGUUAAAACGUCCAAGUCAGAAGGAUCAGAGGACAUUGGAGUGAGAGGACGUGAGUUUAAAAUGGCCUCUAUUUGACACAACAAAGUAGAAAAAUCCUCAUAAGUCAAAUUUGCCUUGCCCACAGCUCUUUUUAAAUGGUAUUUUACACUUUUCACCCCUGACUCUCAUAAACCCCUGAAAUGAGGCGAAUAUGCCGGAAUAAAAGACCAAUUAACACCUUCUGUCGCAAUCAAUGUCCUUAAAAUGACAUGAUUAUUACGCAAAAAUUUUCCCAACUCUCUCAGUUCUGUCUGAGCACCCACAAAAUUUUUACCAUUGUCUGAAAACAUUUUUUCUGGUUUGCCCCUCCUAGACACGAAUCUCCUGAAAGUUGCAACAAAUGCUUGCGUAGACAGACUUGUUACAGCCUCUAAAUGUAUUGCACGUGUGCAAAAACAAAUAAAUAAACAAACAUACCCCUUGUACAAACGCGUGCCCCGUCCCAAAGCUAUUUUAAAAUUGAACGGCCCUGUAUAAUCAACCCCUGUGGUAUUGAAUGGAAAUUGUGGGAUCACUCGUGACUUAGGUAGGUCUCCCAUCUGUAUUUCAAAGGACCUAGGUUGAACCUUCGAACACACAACACAUUCAUGCACCACCUUUCUCACAACAUUUCUGCCCUUUAGUGGCCAAUAAAUUUCCCUUAAUGAACUGAGCACUAGUUGAGGGCCUGCAUGCAGUAGUCUCAAAUGCUCUGCCUUAACAAUCAAUUUUGUACAUGGAUGUUUUGGGUCUAACACAAUUGGGAAUUUUUUGUCAUAUUUAAAUUCUGAAAGCGCUAGUCUUCCGCCUACUCUGAUUAAUCCGUCGGCGUCUAGAAACGGAUUUAAAUUUGACAACCAACCCUUUUUUAUCUUCUUACCGGUCUCCAAGAUUUUCUGCUCAAUUUCGAAACAUUCAUCUUGUGAUAACUUUAUUAACAUAUUUUCAGACUCUUGGAGUUCCUUCACUGUCAAAUUCUUUGAUUCGUGACUAUCCAAUUUUCUGCAACGUGCCGUAAACCUUAAGCAAUAUGCAAAUACCCGUUCAAUUUUGUCCAACUGGAAUAUCUGGAAAAAAUCUCUAGACUAUUCUUCUCUGUAUUCAAAAAGGCUUUUACUCGCUUCCUCCUUUCUGGAAGUUCCUCUAAAGGUACAUUAACACCCUGAUUUGGAAAGAAAUCUUGUGACAACCAUUGUGGACCUUCAAACACAACUUGGAAGGAAAAAGUCCCCGGGAUACUAAGUCUGCGGGGUUUUCUUCUGACCGCACAUAAUGCCAAUUGUCUUGAUCCGUCAUAGACUGAAUUUGAGAUACUCUAUUUGGGACAAAAGCUUGGAAUUGAUUUGCUGGUGAUUUUAUCCAACUUAAUGUUACUGUAGAAUCGCUCCACAAAAACAGUUUCCUGAAAUUUAACGUCAUGGAAGUUUGUACUUCUUUUAUCAACCUUGAAAGUAAUAAUGCACCCGACAAUUCCAAUUUCGGUAUAGUUAGUGCCUUUAUCGGGGCAACUUUACUUUUUGCACACAAUAAGCGAACGACUACACUUCCAUCCUUCGUGACAUUUCUGACAUAGACACAUGCUCCAAACGCUUCUUGUGCAGCAUCACAAAAUCCAUGAAGUUCGAUGUCCUCUGCAUUGU